AUGGUUUUCGUUGAACACCAGUGGAGAGGGACAGGAUGGAUGAUGCUUCUCUUCCUACUGUUACCAUGGCUACAAGUUACAAGUACUUUGACGGGGCCAUGGUUGGUUUCCGGGAAGCUCGGGGGAACGGUUUCGAUCGAAUGCCAGUACUCCAUCACUUCCAUCAACAGACAUCAGAGGAAGUACUGGUGUCGCCUGGAGGUCCCCAAGAGGAUCUGCCACACCGUCGUCUCCACCAACCACUUCGUCCGCAAGGACUACCGAGGCCGAGUCUCCAUCCAGGACUUCCCAGGAAAUGGCUCCUUCGUGGUGGUGAUGGCUCAGCUGACCCCGCAUGACACGGGGCACUACCGCUGCGGCAUCGGAGCCAGGACGGACAUGCUGUUCAUCAGCGUGGAUCUGAUCGUCUCUGCAGACAGACAGACCCUGAGAACCACCAUUGCUACCACUCCACUUACAGGCAGACGGACCCCAGAAACCAGGAUUGCUCCAACUCCGUUUACAGACAAACCAAUCCCGGGAACUGUCAUUGCUACAACUCCACUUAUAGACAGACGGAACCCAACAUCUAAUGUUGCUACACCUCCAUUUACAGAUAGACGGACUCCGAGAACUGUCAUUGCUACAACUCCAUUUACAAACACACAGACCCCAGGAUCUACUGUGGCUACAACUCCAUUUACAGACAGAUGGACCCCAAGAACCAUCACUGCUACAACUCUACUUACAGGCAGACAGACCCCAGGGUCUACCAUUGCUACAACUCUACCUACAGAUGGAUGGACCCCAGGAUCUACUGUUGCUACAACUCCAUUUUCAGACAGAUGGACCCCAGAAAUCAUCACUGCUACAGCUCUAGUUACAAACAGACAGACCAUAGGAUCUACUGUUGCUACAACUCCAUUUACAGAAAGAAGGACCCCGAAAACUGUCAUUGCUACAACUCCAUUUAGAGACAGACGGACCCCAGGAACUAUCACUGCUACAGUUGCACUUACAGACAGACAGACCCCAGGAAUUAUCACUGCUACAACUCCACCUAGAGACCGACAGACCCCAGAAUCUACUGUUGCUACAACUCCAUUUACAGACAGAUGGACCCCGAAAAUCAUUAUUACUACAACUGCACUUACAGACAGGCAGACCCCAGGAUCUAUUGUUGCUACAACUCCACUUACAGACAGACGGACCCCGGGAGCCACCACUUCUACAACUCCACUUAAAGACAGACGGACCCCAGGAACCGUUGUUGCUAUAACUCCCCUCGCAGACAGACAGACCCCAAGAACCACCACUGCUACAACUCCACUUACAAAUAGACGGACCCCAGGAACAAUCACUGCUUCAACUCCACCCAUAGACAGAUGGACAAAGAGAACCACCACUGCUACAACUCCACUUACAGUCAGACGGACCCCAGGAACGAUCACUGCUUCAACUCCACCCAUAGACAGACGGACAAAGAGAACCACCACUGCUACAACUCCACUUACAGUCAGACGGACCCCAGGAAUGAUCACUGCUUCAACUCCACCCAUAGACAGACGGACAAAGAGAACCACCACUGCUACAACUCCACCUACAGUCAGACGGACCCCGGGAAACAUUGUUGCUACAACUCUUCUUACAGGCAGACAGACCCCAGGAUCUACCAUUGCCACAACACCACUUACAGAUGGACGGACCCCCAGAACCAUCACUGCUACAACUCCACUCACAGACAGACGGACCAAGAGAACCACUGUUGCUGCAACUCCAUUUACAGCAAGAUGGACCAAGGGGACCAUUGUUGCUACAACUCCUCUUAUAGGCAGACAGACCCCAGGAUCUACCGUUGCUACAACUCCACUUACAGACAGACGGACACCGGGAACCAUCACUGCUACAACUCCCCUUCCAAUGGGAGGAGCCCCAGGGACUCUCAGGGCAACAAUUCCAUCUACAGACCACCAGGAUCUGGAGACCAAAGGAACAACCUCUCCAGGUGCAGGCAGAGGGUCUCCAGGACCUCCACUUACCACCACAUUGGCUCCAGGGACCCCUCCCAGGGGGCAGGCCCUAACGACCCUUCAAUCAACACUUGCUGCCCAGAAACAGGCAACACAAACCGUUAGAGGUGUGAUAUCAUCAGUCCUUGUUCUUCCACGCCGGAGAACCACCGGGGCAGGAACUCAGGUUUCAGACAAAGAGGUCUCAGGAGCCAUCGCUGUAGGUGCUCCAGCUGAGGAAACAGCACUUGGAGGAAGAGGAGGAGAAGGAAGAGGAGGGAGAGGAGAAAGAAGAGAAUCAGCACUGGAACUGUCUGAGAAGACAGUGGAAUCAGUCUUGGGAGAGGGGAUUCGGCCUCCUUCUGACCCCCAGAUCCCACUAGGGAGCUUUCAUCCACGAGUGAGACACUUCCCACUGAAACUCAUCCCCACUACCUUGGUACUGCUGCCUCUGAUCAUCACAGGGUUCAUACUGUUGAAGAGGAGGCUCCAAAGGAGAAGCCCUCUGAGCGCAGAGAGAGUCACCCUGCUGAACCUGGCCCAUUUCCAGGACUUUCCAAGGGACCCCAGGCCUGGACCCACCGGACUGCGGGGGAUGAAGCUCCCUGAUGGUGAUGAUGGUGAUGACGAUGAUAAUGAUGAUGAUGAUGACAAGGAGCCUGCCUGUCCCAGCCAUCAGGCUGCCCAGGGAAGCUGGGGUGCCUUCAGAAUCAGGGCCACCGCUUUGUUGAGGAGAGAAGACAGAGCCCAGCUUCUGCAGUCAUGAUGGCUGUGAGGCAGAUGGAGAAACAAAAUGGGCUCAGCGGUGUCAACCGGAGAAGGAAGGGAAGUAUUCCAGCCGCUCAGCAGACAUGCAGUAAUUAUUAACAAUCAAUAGUGAUGCAAGA